AUGGGAAAUACCGGGGAAGGACAAGGGAAGAACAAGAGGAGGUUUGUCACUAAUAGUGUCCAAAUAGAGGAUGUAGGCGACUCUACAAGCGGCACUACUCCACAGUGCAGUCAGGGCACCCAGAGGGAGAACACUAGACUCAAAGAGAGAGUAUCAUUUCUUAAAAGUCAGCUGAAGAGCCUAGAAACGGAACUGAGAGAGCAUCCCCAAGAAACCGUAAGGAAUGAAGUCUCCGAUGAGGAAGCAUAUUCAUCGGAAGAACAGGAGAAAGAACCUCGAAGGGAAACUCCACACAAGCGCAGGGCCAUGGGCACAUCUGGGGGAAGAAGGAGGAAUGCACCUCACCGACAAGUGCCAAGACUAAGCAAUAGUCCAUUCUCAGACGAGAUCUUACUGGAACCCUUACCAGUGAAUUAUCGCCCAGUAUCUCUCGAUUAUGAUGGGACAACUGACCCGGAAGCACAUAUGGCACGGUUCGAGGGCCUAGCAUCGUUACACCAAUAUGGAGAAGGCAUAAAAUGCCGAAUUUUUGCCACCACCUUAUCAGGAAUGGCCCAGAGAUGGUUCCACAACUUGAAAAGCAGCUCCAUCUACUCUUAUGGGGACUUAUACCUCAUGUUUAUGCGACAGUUUGCUAGCUCCAAGAGAAUGGGAAAGACCGCUAUAUCUUUGAUGGAUGUCAAACAGGAACCACAGGAAUCGUUAAGGGAGUACGUGACAAGGUUCAACAUGGCCGUGUUAGACACACCGGAGGCAGAAUCAUUGAUCAAAUGUUAUGCGUUCGUUCGAGGAUUAAAGCAAGGUCCCCUUUUCGACGCAUUACAAAUAACACCGCCUAAGGAAUUCGACAACAUCAUGGCUAUAUUACCAGGAUACCUACAAUUGGAGGAUGCCAAGGCUGCACGUAGGGCCGAAGCUGAUAAACUCCGCGUGAAGAAAGGUGACAACGGGAUGCAUCCCGGCUAA